GGUAUGGAGACUGGAUUUGUCUGAGACAUUCAGAUUCCUAUUUGGGAGUGCUGUAGGAAAAGGGAUUUUCCCCUCCGACCUCAACUCCCUGAGGACAAAAUCCCGUGUUUUCCCUGCCAAAGACCAGCAAUCUGAGGUCAAAGCUGAGCCUGACUGCAGGCUCUGGCAAGCAGGGAGGGAGCUGGCCCUUUUCCCACAGCACAGGGCUGCUGGCACUCCACAUGCCAUGGAGGGGAAGCCUGGAGUCAUCGUGACUUCCCGUCUACUCCAGACACCUAGUCCUGCUUUCCCCAGAGUAGAGGUAUGAAGUGCUUCAGCUCAUGGUAUUGCACAUAUAAAGCAGCAUGCCAGGGUCAGAUGGCCAGCUGGACCGCCUGCCCUGCACACCCUGUUCUCCCGUUUGGUGGACGGGAUCAUGCCAGGUUUUCCAGCUGCCUGCAGCCACUAACACUGGGACUGGCAGCACCUGCUGCUCCCAGUAGGUUUCCAAGUAUGCCCCAGAAAGAGAUACCAUAAUGCAAAAGUGUUUUCCCAAUGCAGAAAUGUCACAAUUGGAUUGUCACAAAGCUCUGGCAGAAUUUAUGUUUUUUUAAUGCAGUAUUGUUUAAACCAGAGUCAUGCAAAAGUAUGGGGUCUUUUCAAGGGCUGGGCAGAGAGGUUGAUCCCAGCCUACGAAAAAGCAGCCCCAGGACCCUGACUAUCAGCAGGCUUUGAAAAAAAAAAGGAGGGAGUGAGCUCCAAGCAUCCCAGGACUGAAUGUUAUGUAAAGCCAAGCCUCAGAAGAACAUGCAUGGGUGUUUUCAUCAGUUGCAGGUGCUUCCUGCCCACAGAGAAAAUGCUGGAUACCAGAGAGGUUUAUCUGUUAGCGUUUUGAAAUCCAAGCCUGGAGGAGCUUGUCCCAGGGGAGACAAUGCAGCCUGUGCCCAUGCUCCCUGAGAGCCAAGCACUGCCUCGCUCUGUUAGUUUAACCACUCCCUGGCACAGAGGUGGGCAGGGUGCAGGACUCCAAACAACAGGAACACCAGUGGACCUGGACCAGUAAAUGCUCCUCACUGGAAGCCCGGAGUGAAGACAUCCAGUGAGCUGUGCCCACUGCCACAGGACAGUGCUCUGAGCAGGGCCAAAGCUGCUGUGUGGCUUUGGGGAUUUCAGGUUACCAAAAAGGGCCAGCUGCAGGCUGCUCCCAGCCCAGCCUGGACAGAAGGAGGUCUGUGUGAAUGGCGGGACUGAAGCUUAAAGCUGGGUUGGGGCAAUGAAGGCCACAUCCCCACAGUCAGUGGGGAGGGGUUGGCGACAUCCACAUUGAGUUGUUUGGCUUUUUGCUUUCUGUCCUGGCCAAACAGGGAGGAUCCUGCUCACCGUUCCGAUCAGCAACCAAUUUCUCUAUGAGGUCUUGCUUCUUCCCUGAGCUCCCUCCCUGUUGCCACAGGAAUAAUCCCACAGGGACAUGUCUGUAACAGGCAAGGUAACGUGAUAGCAGCACGAUCACUGGCUUUCAGUCCCAAACAAGAUAUCUCCAUCAGAGAGCAACGAUUACCCUGGAUGCAGCCUUCUUUCAAGCUCUGCUACCCUGCUUGGAGCAGAGCCAGCAUCUCUAGACAUGUCAAUGCUGCCUUGCAUCUUAGCAAUGAAAUUUCAGAGACAUCUGUUCAUUCCCUGUAGGCUUGAAGACCCUUGAGGUUUGAGAGAAGUUUGAUUUUUCAGUCCCUCCUUUCUGUACUCUCAGAGACAGUCCCAUGGGUGGGGAGCACCCAUAGCAAGGGGCAGCUCCCAGUGUUGGCAAGGUUGCAUAGUCCAGGUCCUUUGCCUUGUGCUGGCUAGAAGAUGGCUUAGAAACUGGAGAGCGGAUAGGAUACUGGGUCCAUCAGAGAGGAUGUCCCAAAAGUCUUCACCCCCUGAUGUGGGUUGCCAAAAUGCUUUUCAAAGGGGCUUGACUUGAAAAUGACCCAGAGCAGUCGUACUCUUUGAAGGCAUCUUCAGAUAGCUCCUUCCACACUGCCUUUGUGUGCUUGCACCUUCAUACCCUUGGUUCUCCUGAGCUCCCUCCUCUCCUAUGGGUGCAGUUUCACCCCCAGCACCAUUUUCCCCAAUACAGGCAGUGCAAUGUUGUUCCAGGCUCAAAGGGCUGCACAUGCUGCUGCCUGAGGGACAGAGGUGAUGACUGAGCACCUCUAGUUAAUGCGCUUAAGUGAUAAUUAAUUAUUAGACAUGGGUAUAGUAGGGGUAGCCCAGACCUGGGUUUUGCAGACAUUUGGCUUUGUUCAUCAGCUCUGUCCCGUGUGUAGCGAGGUACAGCAGCAGCCAGUGGCUUGGGGAGACACAACCUUGGGGAACACCCCCCCGCCCAAACCCAGUGUGAAUUGAGCAUGCUGCUUUGCAGCCCAACCCACAGUUCUCCAGCAUACAGACCCUUUCAAAGUCCACGGUCUAAAAAGUUAAUUCCUGGACUUUGUUAAUGCAAGUGUUCUUCAGAGCUGAUCUUGCACAGCAGGCAAUCGCCUUCAUCAGCCCUCCUUAGGAGAAGGUGGGAGACCCAGGUGUCCAUAACUGGUCAGAACAGGAAGGACUGGGAGAUAAAUCAUGAGCCAAGAGCGACUGUGGCAGGUCCUAGAUCCACUGUGGGGAGAUCCUCGCACUCUCUCGGCUCUGCUCUGCAGUUCAGCUGCAGCCAUUGUGGUACUGAAAUGGCUGGGACAUAGGCAGAUCCAGCAGAAGAUGCAGGAGGCGAGGAGGACACGGGAUCUGGCCCUGGAGCGAAUGGAGAAGGCAGCUCACAGGUUUAAGCAAGAGAACCCAGGCACCCAGACUGCACAAGUCCUCUCACUGACAAUGGUGGAGCUGGUGGAGAAGCUGAAGGAGGGGUCCUUGUCCCCAGAAAGUGUCCUCUACUCCUACAUGGGCAAAGCUUUGGAGGUGACUCGGGAGGUGAACUGCGUGAUAGACUUCAUUCAUGGCUGUGAGGAUCAGCUCCAAAAACUGAAGAAGCAGAAGGAGAAGGGGCUGCUCUAUGGCAUUCCCGUCAGCAUCAAGGACCACAUAAACUGCAAGGGCCAUGUCUCUUCUGGAGGGAUGGUGAAGUUUCUGGGCCAAGUGAAGGAGGAAGACAGCGUCAUUGUCCAGGUUCUAAAGAGCCAGGGGGCAAUCCCCUUUGUGAAAACCAACAUCCCACAGACGAUGAUAAACUAUGACUGCAGCAACCUCAUCUUUGGCCAGACACUGAACCCUCUGAACCACCAGAAGAGCCCUGGGGGCUCCUCAGGAGGGGAAGGAGCUCUGAUCGCAGGAGGAGGCUCCAUCCUGGGCAUCGGGUCAGAUGUGGCUGGCAGCAUCCGCCUGCCAUCCAGCUUCUGUGGGUUGUGUGGGCUCAAACCCACAGGCAACAGGAUCAGCAAACUGGGUGUAGUUUCUCCUAUCACAGGAAUGAAAUCAGUGACGGGGAUGCUGGGGCCGAUGGCAAGAGAUGUGGACAGCUUGGCCCUUUGCAUGAAGGCGCUGCUCUGUGAGGAGAUGUUCCGGCUGGACCCCACCGUGCCCCCACUCCCCUUUGAUGAGGAGGUUUACACCAGUUCAGAGCCACUUCGGAUUGGGUAUUAUGAAGGAGACGGCUACUUCCAGCCCUCUCCCAGCAUGAAGCGGGCCAUCCAGCAGACAAGAAAGCUCCUCCAGGAUGCAGGGCAUACGCUUGUUCCCUUUGCACCGCCCAAGAUUGACUACAUGGUAGAUGAGCUGUUCACCAGAGGGAUUUUCUCAGAUGGUGCUGCUCGCUUGGUGGACUGCCUCAAAGGAGACAUCGUGGAUCCCAACCUGAAAUCCCAGUUCAAUACUUACAGGCUUCCUGCUCUGGUGAAAAGGAUCUUGGCUAUCAUUUUGAAACCCAUAUACCCACGAAUUGCUCGGGAUCUCAGCGCUCUCUGUGGAGUGGGGUCUGCCAAAAACCUUUGGGGUCAGCAUGAAGCAGUGGCGGCUUACUGCACUGAAUUCAUUGCUAAAUGGAGGAAGCUAAGGCUGGAUGUGAUUCUUUGUCCUGCGCUGGGCCCAGCCUUUAACCAUGGCUACGCUGGGAAGUUAUUUGCUGCGACCUCCUAUACCAAUUUAUACAAUGUCUUAAACUUCCCUGCUGGGGUGGUGCCAGUCAGCACGGUCACAAGAGACGACGAAGAAGAACUGAAGCAUUACCGAGGGCACUAUGGAGACCCUUGGGAUAAGAGGCUGAAAGAGGCUGUGGAAGGAGCUGUGGGGCUGCCAGUGGCUGUCCAGUGCGUGGCUUUGCCAUGGCAGGAGGAGCUGUGCCUUCGCUUCAUGAAGGAGGUGGAGACACUUGCCCACAACACCAAGAGAAAUGUGUGAUUUCUGGGAACCAACCUUCACUAUGAUGACUUUUCACUCCCUGCCCUUCACUCCAGCCACCUUCUACCUGAUGCACAAAGCAAAGUAGAUAGUGACCUGCAGACUCUGAACCAUUGUUUCAAUAAACUGGCAAUGAAUGCUGUUUAAAAAAAGCAAAAAUCUUGUCUCUGUCCAGAUUUUCCUCUGUUAAACUGAGUCAAAAAAAACAAAGGAAUGAAAGUUAUUUCUGGACCAAAGAAGUCCAAUAACUACAGUGUAACAAUACCUGUUGCAUGAUAUGAGACCAAAGAGCUGUUUACCCCAAUAUUUUACUUCCACCUGAGCAGGAGCAGAAGUUUGUGGGAGAGUAUAACCUGAUAAGUGGAGGAUUCCCCCUCUGGCUAUGCCAUUGGUUGGCCAAAGUACUGUUUGGCAAAUAGUUGCAGUCAGCCCAUCAUUUUUAAUAGCUGUCAGGAAAGCUCUCCUUAAUGAACUUGUUGGGCUCUUUCCUGAAGUCACUCACUCUUUUGCUCUCCACACCAUCUGGUGGCAGUAGGCUCUGCAGUGAGUAGUGAAAAGCUGAAUUUUCUCUGUUUAAGCAUAAUCUGUGAGGAAUGGUAACUGGUCUGUCUUCACUCCUGUUCCUCAUUGUUUCUUCCAGUUAAGCAAUGGGAAGAAAAAGUUGGGAUUUUUUAUUGCUUGUAAGCACUUGUGGGAAAACCGAGUUUAAGCAUUUCUGGGGCUAUGUUUAGACCAUCCGCACUGUGCUGUUUCUCGGCCUGUCCUUCACUCUCAAGGUGGUGGAAGAGGCUGGAAGGGAAGGUAGGAGUGAUGGAGGAGACUGAAAUGCUUUGAAUUAGCAAGUGUGCCUUGAAACAAGGCACCAAUGUUAGCGAUGAUCCGUGCCUCUCCAAGCCUACAUAUGUCUCCAAGGCACUGGGACUGGAGUCAAUAUUUCCCCAACAGGAGAGAGCCACAGGGCCAAGGGGUGACACCGCUCUUGUUAUUUAUUUGUCAUUGCCUGCCUGGGUCUGCGCAGGGAUGCUGCAGUCACCCAGCAGCCUCACACGGUCACCGGCAGGUCUGAGUCACACAGGGAGUCCUGGCUCCCCAGCCUGACCCACCAC